CCCUCACCACAGAAAAAGGAAAAAAAAAAACCCAUACUCCUGUCUGUCUCUGUCUCUUUCUAUUUUGGCACUUCCCAAGUCCGAAGGUAAAAAGAACCUAAACUCGGUUCUCUUCUUCGGACCAGAAUCUUCGUUCUUUUUAUGAUAAAUCUAAUCCCUGCUGGACUUUAAAGCAAAUUACCCACUUCGCAAAAUCACUUCUUUUUUCCCCUUUUUGGUGCUUUCUUCUAGCAGGUAUUCAUGGCUUCCAUUACAGCAAGUUUGCCUCCACCGUUGUUCUUGCAAGCGAGAAAAACCCUUUUCAGGACUCUUCAGAAACCUCCAGUUCCUUGUAUAAGAGCAGAGAGACAAAACUGUGCUUUUGUUGUAAAGGCUACAGGGGAAAGCUCUGAGUCUUCCACCUCACUUAGUAUUGUCAAGUCCGUUCAAAAUGUUUGGGAUAAAUCUGAUGAAGAUAGGGUAGGUCUCAUUGGACUGGGAUUUGCAACUAUAGUGGCCCUGUGGGCAUCAGCAAAUUUGGUUUCGGCUGUUGACAAGUUGCCCCUUAUCCCAAAUGUGCUAGAAGUUAUUGGAAUACUGUUUUCAUUGUGGUUUAUAUAUCGAUAUCUCUUGUUCAAACCUGAUCGGGAAGAACUGUUCCAAAUCAUCAUCAAGUCAAUAUCAGAAAUUUUUGGACGGUGAAUUCUGCUGCCAAACCAUAUUUACAUGUAGUGGAGGGUGUAAUUUCUGAACAUAACAGGGAGCCAACCCCGCAGUUGGCAUAUGGUUUGUGUUGUUGUGACAAUUGAAAUACAGCGGCAUCUUCGUAGUGUAAUCUUUUUGUAUUAGUGUGAAGUGUGAUGUCCAGAGUUACUAUCCAUAGAAACAACCAAAGCGUAUGUGUGUAGAUGUCAUGGGCAGGUUACAGCGUCACUGUUUCCCCAUGGUGCCAUAUGAAAAAUUUCGACUCAAGUUCAAUUUUUCUUCUGCUUGUGGGUGUGGUUGCUA